CUCUUGCCGAGUCGCGCCACAGCCCUCGUGGGAAAGAUGUGGGGUUUGCUGCGCACGCAGCGCAGCCCCCGUGUGCAGGGCCAGGAGGGCGACAGUGUGCGAGACGGCCACAGCCGCCCCAGUGGUGUUGAUGAGGCGUGCUACAUCCAGCUGCCGAGAGUCGACGAGGGCGACGCUGCCGCACAGCAGGCCAUCCACCACACACAGACAGACCAUCCCAAGGUCACCCUGCAAUGCCCUUGCUGCACAGUGACCAGCGGCUGCCUCUGACGCCUGGUGUCUGUGUCUGUCUGUCUGUCCACUGCAGAUGGCGUCGGCCUCGAGUGAGCACAUUCCUCUGCUGCUGGACGAUGGCCAAGGGCUGAUGGAGCCCCAGCUGCCGGACGUCAGCGAUGACAUCACCAAGGCACCGAGACGCUUCGAGCAGGUGGGUUGGUGUCAGUCGACUCUGAGGCCUCUCGGACGUCUGUGUGUCGUCUGCAGGUCCCCUUGGUGGGUGCCCCGGCCGCCGACAAUUGGUAUCCGACAGAUGCACUGAGACGCAGCAUCAAAAAGGCCAUCAAAGAGUCAGAUGCGGAGGGCCUGCGGAAGGCCCUCGCCGGUCUGUCGCCUGAGCAAACCGAGAAAGCCCUGACGACUGGAGGGUGGUAUGGGUCUGCCAUCCAUUACGCCGCAGGUAUGCCUCUUCGCAUUACAACAAACACAUGAUGCAGCCGCGGCCCCUGUGUGUGCUUCUCAGGCGAGUGUAGGGAUGUGGCGGUGUUUGAGGUGCUGCUGCACAGCCGACGCCACCUGCUCAACCUGAAAAACCCGGUAUCGUGCGCGACGGUUAUACUCAUUCUGUCCGUCAGCUGACCGGUGUCUUCCCAACUGUCUUCAUGCUGUGUCGGUAGAAUGGCCAGACGCCUCUUCAUCGGGCAGUACAGACGGGGUCAGUUGGUGUUGUGGAGAAGUUUGUCGAGUGGGGCGGAAAGCAUAUGUUGGAAGCUCGGGCCGACGUAACGAUGGGACAAUGUCGAGUGGUGCAUUGGACAUCAUGUCUUCUGGUUCGUGCUGUGUCUGUAGUUUGGCUGGACGCCUCUUCAUACGGCAGCACGUCAGUCACUCCUGCAAGUGACAGCCACAAGUACAUGAGUCUUCGACGUGUACCUCUCCUGCAGAAGAGGGCCAUGUCGAUGUGGUGGAGGUGAUGUUGAGGGUGGACCCACAGCUCUUGAAAAUCAAAAACGUAGACUGCACUGCACCUAUCCAGUUUCGUCUUGGAAUUGUCCCUGCCCGUGACUCUGACAGGAAGGAAAGACGCCUUUCGAUUUGGCCCUCAAAGGAAAGAAGCUGAUACUCGUUGCUGCGAUGGCUGUCGUGGCUGGAGACGUGGCUGUGAAGCUGGUCGAGGGAGGCGCGAAAAUGGAAGAUGUGGACGCUAAGGAUCUCAAGGAGAUGGUGCCCUUCACGAAGGGGUUCCUGAAGGACCGCUCUGAUUCGCCGGGCCCCGACCGCCUUCGCUUGUGUGCCUUCUUCCGCAAGAUGAUGCAGACAGGGCAGAAGGACUCCCUCACAGAGUACAGAAAGGGAGCAACACAAUGCGAACAUCUGCAUGUCUGUGUGAGUACCUGCAGUGACCUCGGAGCCAUUGCAGACCGGCAGGAAGUAAUCAGGAAGGGACACACACACCGCAUUCUGCAUUGCCCAUCGCUUUAGGCUCUCACAACAAACUUCUGCAGCGAUACCAGGAUGCGGGACUUCGAAGAGUCACUCAAAGGCAGAGAGACAGAGUGGUUUGCACUGCUUGAAUCGGCGGAGCCCCUCACUGUCGUCACUCAAGGUGACCCACAAAAGGGAUUUCCCAUUCUCGGUCUGUCCGUUCAUGUCUCCUCCUUUCCCUCUGCUGCGAAUGAUUGCGACAGCCAACUGCAUCUCUCUCGUCGCCAAGCAUUGGCAUCCACCAGUUGGAGUAGGGGGGAUUCGGCUGUCGCCCCGUGACAUCUUCAUCAGCCGAGUGCUGUCAAUGCUGCUCAUGUAAGACAGCAGACAUGCACUACGAUGGAGGCAGAGAGAGCGCAUGGCAUCUCUUCUCUCUCUGUGUGUGCCUUGCAGGGUGGCCUUUGUGCUGCUGCACAUCGAGUCGAUCAGAGGAGACAGCGGCAUGAUCAUGGCGGGGCUGUGGCCGGCGGUGUGGCUGUGGGGUGCGGUGCUGACCGGAGGCGGCUUCAAUUUACAGGAGGCCUUCCAAGUGAGACAGACGAGAGGAGACAUGACUUAUCACGACUAACACGCAUCAUGCUUAUGCGUGUGCAGGGCAUCCGCCUGAAGGCAGCGUACUGGGCCGACUCAUGGUACGAGUCCGAAAUGCAGAGGCAGCCAUACUGGCGGCCUCAUCUUCACGCUGUUGUUGGCAUACAUCACUGCAGGAAUGUCAUCGAUAUGUCUUCAAGCCUGGCGAUCGCUGCCUUCAUCGCCGUCCACUUCCGAGGCUACUCUGCCGAGGCGGAAGUGAGCUCAGGGAUCGUCAUAGCGCUGCUCUUUGCGCUGCGCCUCCUGCAAACCGCCAGCCUGCAGCCAACCGUGGGGUCACUCAUCCUGUCAGUGAGAGAGAGAGCCACACAGACACACAGAGAGAGACAGAGAGAGAGAGGCGUCUGAUGCUGUGUGUGACGGGUGUGUGUGUCAGUGCGAUCGUGAGGAUGUUUUCGGACAUCAGCAUCUUUCUUUGUCUGUACGUCUACAUCCUGCUGGUCUUCGCGGGCGUCUUCACCGUCCUCUCGUCCGAUGAAGACCACCAGUACUUCGGCUCCUUCCCCAAAGCCACACUCACACUGUAAGUAUGGGACCUCAUGAGAAGACACAGAGGAAAGGGACACCUGCCUCUCUCCGUCUUGUCGUGCUGUGCAGUUUCUUUGCCGGACAGGGCGACUUCAACGAGGCGCUGACCAACGCCAUAGAGAGCCACGACACGCUGGGGGCCGUCCUGCUGUUCACAUACGUCAUCCUCUCGUCCAUCAUACUCGUACGUCGGCACCACUCAGGCAGUCAGCACCACACAAGGACUCCCUUUGUCUGUCUCUCUUUGUGUCUGUCGGCAUCCAUCGAUAGCUGGACCUGCUCAUCGCCAUCAUGGUGAGACAGACACGAGAUACAAGCCUUAGGGACAUCGACAGGGCGACGGACAAGGCGUGUGUGUGUCACCAUUAGGCGUCGACGUAUGCGGCCAUCGAGGAGACACAGGCUGCACAAUAUCAGUAUCAGAGACAAGGGAGACAGACAGACAGACAGCGGCGCAUAAUGGUCCUCUCUCCGCUCAUCUACUCAGGCUGCUGCGGAUUCGCGUGUUGAAUGAGUACCUCACAAUGCCUCGCCACGAGAGGCUGCCGCCGCCAUUCAACCUCAUCGGUCGGUGCGACACGAGACAUGACAUGUGGGCAUGAUCUGUGUCUGUGCAGCUGUGUUCGUGUCGGAGCCCCUGCGAUAUCUCGCCUCCCUCAUAAGCGAACAACGGCGGGAGCAGUCGGCACUCUGCCGCAUUGCCUUCUGGUCGAUGAAAGUCGUCUACGUCACCGUCGACGGACUCCUGCUUAUCGUCGCCUUCACACCCGUGGCCACCUACAAAAUGCUGGAGGAUAUUCUCCGAGCGAUAGGGAAGGGGGACUAUGUGGUGGUACUGUGUCACGUACUCUGCUUACCCCUUCUCAUCCUCCUGACGCCCGCUAAUCUUCUGUGCCACUACGCCCAAUGGGUGAGGGUCAGAAGACACGCGAGAUCAGACAAAAGCAGAGGCACUGUCUCGUUUCUCUGGAAUGUUCGCUUGGCAGGGGCUGCUGUUUUCUUUUGACGCCACCAAAACCGACAGCGCGGAGACGGCUGAUGAGAGACGCAAAGCACGGGAAUCAUACAAGGACCGCAUCGACAAGUGGAUUGAGGCGGCAGACCAUCACGACUCGGGCGUACCUGACGUCAUGGGAGGUGAGACAGGACAGACAGGCGUCUCACGAGGAAGGCGACAAGGCUGUGUCUGUCUAUGUGCUGCAGCCCUCAGGCAGUUCAAAGCCGAAAUCCAACCAGGUGCCAAAGUGAAGAAUCUUGUAUAUUCGCCUUAAUCCAUCUCGACUUCUCUCUCCCUGUCUGACUGUCCCAGUUGUGCAACAGAUGGACAAGCGACAGACGGAGAUGGACAAGCGACAGACGGAGCGACAAGACGCCCGGCACAGGCAGAUGGAGAAACGGCUGACCGAGAUGGAGGUAGGGAUGGAGGCGCUCAUCAGGGAGAUCAAGGCGAAGAUCAAAUGACAAUAGACAAGUGCAUGGCUCCUGCAUGAACACCAUAACCGAUCGUGAUGGAUGGCCCAUGCAGAUCUCAAUCCGUCUGACGCC